AUGAGUGACAAUUCAGUAAUCGAAAUUAACGAUAUUGAUAAAAUCGAUAAAAUCGAUGUUGAUAAAAUUGAUGUUGAUAAAAUAGAUUUUGAUAAGAUCGAUGUUGAUGAAAAUGAUGUUGAUAAAAUAUUUACCUUCGAUGAUAUCGAUGAUGAACGACAUAAUAGUAAAUCUAUUAUUAUGAUAGAAAUAUCACCAAGUGAAAACUACCUUAUUACUUAUAGUAAAGAAGAUCGUUCAAUUAUCGGUUGGAAUGUUAAAAAUAUAGAUAAGGUUCAACUUAAAUUUCAUCAAACUGUUAAAAUUGAUGAAAAAGAUAAAUGUGAAAUCAAAAGUUUAUGUGUUUCUGAUGAUAAGAAACUUGCUUAUAUUAUUAGAUAUUAUAAUAAUGGUUAUAAUGCUAUUACUUUAAUCGAUAUGAAUAACAAAGAUAAAAAAAUUACAUUAAAUUUAGAUACAGAAGAUGCUUAUUAUUGUGCCUUUAAUUUAAAAAGUGAAUUUAUUUUAUAUAGUGUAAAGGAUGAUAUUUCUGAAGAUGAUCAUAAAAUUAUUUGGAUUUAUUCCACACAAACUAAAAAUAACAAAUGGGAAUGUAAGAGAUUUUAUAUGAUACCUGAAGAUUAUGAAUUAAUUAGUAUAUCAAAAUAUGAUAAAGUUUACCUGUAUUCAGAUGAAAAUGAUUACAUUUAUGAAUGGAAUAUUAAUACUGAGAAAAGUGUAAAAAUAUUUGUUAAUAAUAAGAAUAGAACUUAUAAGGUAAUAAAUAUUAUGAAAUUACUUUCAAACCAAUCAGUGUUAAGUUAUAAUUAAUUUAAAACAAAAAACAUCGGAAUAUUCAGUAAUGAAGAGUUGAUUUUUCUAAAAAUCCAGUAUAAAAUUAUCAUUGUUUAUUCAAUCGAAUUGGGAAUUCCUAUUGCUUCUUUGGAUAUAAAUGAUGAUAUUCAACUAUAUAAUUUUAUGAAUCAUACUGAUUUAUUUCUUUUACCUUCUGUAUUCUAUUAUACACCAGAUAAAGAAAUCAAAUAUUGCUGGAAUAGUAAAUACAAAAAUGUGUUUAAUCAAACUUUAUUUGAUAAAUCAACUACUAACUGAUGAGCAAACAAAGUUUGUGCUUGGAAUUCUAAAUGGACGUGUUUGGAAAUCUAAAUUUGAAGAAAAGAUGUCAA